AUGGCUACCGCUGCGAUUUUCCUUAACCAGCAUCAUUUCCUCUGCUCAAGCUCCACCGUAGCAAGAUCGACCAGCGGAGCCUUGUCAUGGCACCUCCGAAGAACGAGUGUGAUCACUCCACCGAAGAAGCGUGUAGUCUCUUUAGCUGCUGCUUGUUCAGCUUCUCAGUCGCCUGAAGCGGACACCCAAACUGCGGAGUCGUGCGUUAAUUUGGGCCUCUCCUUCUUCUCAAAUGGACGGGUUAAGGAUGCUCUCGUCCAGUUUGAAACAGCACUUAGCUUGGAUCCCAAUCCCAUUGAGGCCCAAGCUGCGCUAUAUAACAAGGCUUGCUGCCAUGCUUACAGAGGAGAAGGAAAAUUGACUGCCGAUUGCUUACGUACAGCUUUAAGGGACUAUAACCUCAAGUUCUCCACCAUUCUGAAUGACCCCGACUUGGCAUCCUUCCGAGCUUUGCCCGAGUUCAAGGAACUGCAAGAAGAGGCCAGACUGGGUGGUGAAGACGUAGGCGAAAGCUUCCGUAGGGAUCUCAAACUAAUCAGUGAAGUCCAAGCACCGUUUCGUGGAAUAAGGAGAUUCUUUUAUGUUGCAUUCACAGCAGCUGCAGGCAUAUCAAUGUUCUUAACAAUUCCUAGGCUGGUUCGUGCACUCCAAGGUGGAGAUGGCGCUCCUGAUCUAUUGGGAACUGCUGGAAAUGCUGCAGUUAAUGUAGGAGGUAUUAUAGUUUUCGUUGCAUUGUUUAUAUGGGAUAAUAAGAAAGAGGAACAGCAACUAGCACAGAUAACCAGGGAUGAAACUCUAUCAAGGUUGCCUUUGCGUCUUUCGACAAAUCGUGUGGUUGAGCUCGUUCAACUUCGAGAAACUGUCAGGCCAGUAAUUCUAGCUGGGAAGAAAGACACUGUUUCAUUGGCCAUACAGAAGGCAGAGAGAUUCCGUACUGAACUUGUAAGGCGUGGUGUUCUUUUGGUUCCCGUUAUAUGGGGUGAGGGUAGAGAACCAGCAGUUGAGAAGAAAGGUUUUGGUGCUACCCGGAAUUCAGCUGCCGCUCUUCCAUCUAUUGGGGAAGAUUUCGAGAAACGAACUCAGUCGGUGGUAACAAAGUCAAAGUUGAAAGCUGAAAUCAGAUUCAAGGCAGAGGUUGUGUCCCCUUCAGAAUGGGAGAGGUGGAUAAGGGAUCAGCAAAUAUCCGAAGGUGUUACUCCUGGCGAGGAUGUCUACAUAAUAUUGCGACUGGAUGGUCGAGUUCGAAGAUCUGGUAAAGGGAUGCCCGACUGGCAGCAGAUGGUGAAGGAGCUACCGCCGAUGGAAGCAUUGUUCAGUAAACUAGAAAGAUAA